CUUCUUCCAUCCCUCAAGAAAGAAAGAAAUAGGAUCCAAGCCCCGUGCCCACCUCUCAGGCUCCCGCCUCCCACGAGGCCAAGAAGGAGGGGGAUCCCCCAUGGCUGACCCCGAAUCCAGGUUCCCGUUCGUCGAGAAGAGAUGCCGGUCACGAGACUCGGCGCGUGACGAGGCCUGGCGUCGCAGGAAGAGCCUCCGGCAUGGCCGCUUGAGGGGAGCUCCGGUUGGCCGGAGCGUCAUGGACGAGGACCUUGACGAGCUUCGCGGGUGCAUCGAUCUCGGAUUCGGGUUUGCCUUCGACUCCGGCGAUGAUGGCACCACCACCGUCGCCAGGCUCGCUCGGACCUUCCCCGCCCUCGAUCUCUAUCAUGCGGUUCACAAGCAGUAUCAUGUUUCAGUUGUCGGAUCCGGAUCCGGAUCCGGGCCAGGAUCUGACUCCUCGAUUGACGGGUCCCCGCCUGAUUCCCCUGCCUCCAUAAUCUCCCCGGGUGCAAGCCCGGAACGAGUGAAGAAAAGGUUGAGGCAAUGGGCCCGAGUUGUUGCAUGCUCAGUGCGUCAACAUUGCUGAACUUUGGCUGGCAAAAUAAAAUGAAAGGAAUAGAAGAGAACAAAGACCUUCCUCCUCUGUAUACUAGCUCAACAAACAUGACAAAUUUGUUUUUCUUGGUUGUAAUGUGUUUUUCCUCCAUAUGUGUGACAAAGCAAGCAAUGAUAAAUGCACAUACAUGAUGCUUCAAGUUGGUGUAUAUCACAUAG